CCUCCCAAAAAAGAGAAGGAAGAGAAGAAACUUCUUAAGGAAGAGAGACCUGAGAAGGAACAUCUUAAAAAAGAGAAGGAAGAGAAGAAACCUCCUAAGGAAGAGAAGGAAGAGAAGAAACCUCUCAAAGCAGAGAAGGAAGAGAAUAAACCUCUUAAGGAAAAAGAAAAGAAGAAACCUUCAAUAAAACCCAUUGAAGAAAAAGAAAUUAGCCAUCUUUCAAAAGAGAAGAAACUACCUGAGAAAGGAGUCAAGAGACUGCCCAAAGACAUUAAGAAACCAUUCAAAGAGGACAAGGAACCUUCUAAAGAAGAGAUAGAAAUUGGGAAAUCUCCUAAAGAAGAAAAAGUAGAGGUGCCUCCCAAAAAAGAGAAAGAAGCGAAGAAACCCUCUAAGGCUAAAACACCACAUAUAGAGGAGAAAAAAGUCACCCACCCUCCAAAAGUAGAAAAAGAGGAAACGGAACCACCUCUAAAAGAAGAAGAGACAAAAACUCCUAAAGAAGAGAAAGAAGUUAAGAAAUCUAAGGAAGUAUCAAAACCUUCCGAAGAUGAGAAGGAGAAGAAACAACCAAGAGAGGAGAAACAUGUCAAAGAACAAAAGAAAUCCCUUAAAGAUGAGAAAGCAGAGAAAAAAUUACACAAAGAAAAGGCAGUCUUAAAAACAUCUAAGGAGGAGAUGGUUGAGAAAGUAGAGAAGGAGGUGAAGACCACAGAACCAAAAGAAGUAACAAAACCUCCAAAGGAAAAGAAAGAAGUGAAAAAACCCUCAAAGGAUUACAAAGAAGAAAUAAAACCAUCCAUGGAGGAGAAAGAAAUUAAACCUAUAAGAGAACAAAAGGAAAAAGAAGUUAAGGAACAAUCUAAAGAUGAGGUUCCAUCCAAGGAAGCAAGGGGAGAAAUACUUCAUCCAAGGAAAGAAAAGGAAUCAAGAAAGCAUUUAAAAGAAACAAAAGAUCAAGAAAAACCACCCAAAGAUGCUGAGCAAGUAAAGAAGAUUUCAGAAGAGCCAGAAAAGAUCAUCAAAGAGAAGAAACCAACAGCAGAAAUUCCUAAAGAGGUGAAAGAGGACAUAAAGAAAGAGAGACCUUCUAAAGAAAGGGCAGUACCAAAGAAGUCAGCAAAGGAAAAACAAGUAGUUAAAGAACCAACAAAACCUUCUAGAGAGGAUGAAAAAGAACCAAAGAAGCCUAUCAAAGAAGAAAGAGAACUGAAGAAGCUCCCCAAAGAACCUGUCCAAAAGAAACCUUCCAAAGAAAAGAAAGAGGAGAUUCACAAAAUAGAAAAAGAAGUUAAAAAGCCUUCCAAAGAGGAGAAAGAAAUCAAGACUCCCAAAGAAGACAAAGAACCUGUGAAGAAAAGAAUCACAAAGACAGAGCCCAAAAAGCCUGUAAGAGGAAUUAAAAUUGUCAAGAAGGAGGUUGCAUCUGUUCUUAAGAAGGAACAUCUCAAUGUUACAAAAGCAGAAGCAGCUCCCAAGGAGCCUAAGAAGGAGCCAACGCUAAAAGUAAAGCCUACACCUGUAAAACCAGAUGCUGAGGUUACAAAAGAAAGAGUAAAACGAGCUCCUUCAGAGAAGGAAGCACCAAAGAAAAAGGCUAAAGCACCUCCUGCAAAGAAAGAAGCUGUUGCUCCAAAAGAAAAGCCCAAACCAGCGAUCUUGGCAAAAGUGGUCAAGAUGCCAAAAGAGAAAGUCAAAGCUGUCUCUGCAAAGACAACUGAGGUUUCAAAACAGAAGCUCAAACCAGUUCUAACCAAGAAAGAGCCAGCUCCAGUUAAGACAAAACCAGCCCCAGCUAAAGAGGCAGAAGCACCACACAAAAAUGUUACUCUAACAAAGGAGAGGGUGAAGGUGGUGCCAUUGAAGAAAGUGCCUGUAACUCAGAAAGUAAGAGCCAAACCAGAACCAACCAAAAAAGAAGCUGAGGUUCUUAAGAAGAAGAAAGCUGAGCCAGUGAUUCCCAAAAAAGCAGCUGUUACCAGGACAAAACCAUCACCUGCUGAAAAGAAGAAAGAGCCAGCUCCCAUUAAGACAAAACCAGCCCCAGCUAAAGAAGCACCACACAAAAAUGUUACUCUAACAAAGGAGAAGGUGAAGGUGGUGCCACUGAAGAAAGUGCCUUUGAGACUGAAAGAGAGAGUUAAACCAGAACCAACCAAAAAAGAUGCCAAAAAGCCUGUAAGAGGAAUUAAAAUUGUCAAGAAGCAGGUUGCAUCUGUUCUUAAAAAGGAACAGCUCAACAUUACAAAAGCAGAAGCAGCUCCCAAGGAGCCUAAGAAGGAGCCAACGCUAAAAGUAAAGCCUACACCUGUAAAACCAGCUGAGGUUUCAAAACAGAAGCUCAAGCCAGUUCCAAUCAAGAAAGAAGCUGAGGUUCUUAAGAAGAAGAAAGCUGAGCCAGUGACUCCCAAAAAAGCAGCUGUUACCAAGGCAAAACCAUCACCUGCUAAAAAGAAGAAAGAAGCUGAGGCUAAGCCAGUUCCUGCUAAGAAAGAGCCAGAGGUUACAAAGGAAAAACCGAAACCAGCUCUUGAAAAGAAAGCUCCUAAAGCAGAGGUCGAAGCAAAGAAGGAAAAGAUUAAAUCCCUUCUAAAGACAAAAGAGCCAAAAGUACCAGAGGUAAAAGCAAAACCAGCUGUAAAAAAAGAACUGGAAACACCUAAAGAAAAGGCCAGGCCUGCUGCAGCAAAGAAAGCCAUGUUGAAGGAAAAGACCAAACCAGUCCACGUGAAGAAAGAGCCUCGUGUUUUAAAAGAAAAGAUAAAGCCCAUUGCAACAAAGAAAGAGGACAGGGUUCUCAAAGAGAUACAAGAGCCUGCAAAGAAAGGAAAAACUGCUGAGAAGAAAGCUGAUAAGGAGGAGAAAGUUAAAGUGGAGCCGUCUCUAUCGGACAGCUUUCUCAUGGAAGAUGAGCUGCCCUACUUCCAGUGUUUCUUUGUGGAUGAGGACGAGGCCCAGUUUCCGUUUUACGCCUUCUCGCCACUGCAGAUUUGACACGUCAGUCUGUGGUCUGACAUUUACAAUUUAGUCAAAUUACCGAUAAGGACGAGGUCACCUCACACCCUGUACUGUUGAAACACGGGUGAUGUUGUUCGCCUUCAGCAGAAAUCCCUGCACAGCAGAAGACGACGGGUUAUGAGAUGGACUGUUAUUUUUCUCUUUCCAGAAUUGGUUGAGCUCUCAUACCAAAUACAUGCAGUCAGUGUCAUUCCUUUUCUUUUCUUUUCUUUUUUUAAUAAUUUGUUAAGUAAUAACUUCUUUUGCAUAUUUUAAAUAAAGCAGUUUACUAUUUCACUUCUAUGGAUUCAAACCCUUUAAUAUAUUUACAACUUACUUUAUUUUCUCAUAAAAGGUCCAGAAAAUGGUGCAGUAUUUUUAAAGUAGCUACAAAGUGUAGAGUAGUUUACACUGUGAGGUUAACAGGGUACAAAACUGCCACAGUUGCUACUCCAAGACAGACCUUCUUAGCCCACAUUUACUUGAACAGUGGUUUGCGUUAUAAUUGUACAUCUCUGUGGCGUCUUUCUUGAUCAUGUUGCUCAUCCCACCCUUUAUAGCACUUGUUCAUGAUUCAUUCUCAGUUUCCUAUUGUUCUUCCCAAAUGGGGACACAACAGAUAUCAUAUCAUUACUGAAUGACUUUUUUACCUUUUAUUUUUGUUUUAUGCAUCAAAAGGAAUGACCAUGCACUGUAUAUGAGAGCUCCCAAUCUUGCUACCUAAAACAUUUAAAGUCUUAUCAAACUGUACCAUCUGGAUAUCUGCACCAGCUCCUCGUUAUUAUAUUGGUGCUAGUAAGAGGCAUUGCCUGAACUCUCAGAAUGAGGAUUGAGUUCAGUUUGUUUUUUUUGUUCCUUUCAAUCUAUCAAAAACAUCAGCAAAUCAAGUGUUAGAUUUAUUCUGCAAAUUCCUUGAUUGACCAAAAUCACACUAUAGCUGACUUUGGUCACUGCUGUUGCACUGUGCGCACACAGUAGAAGCUAACGAACUGUAGAAACCUAUUGAGCAGGUUCCUUUAAACAAGAAUGCAAUCAAUAUUGCCUAAAUAUGAUAUGGCAACAUUAAGAUAACAUUAAUGAGAACUGUAUAAUGAUAUCUCAUAUUCAUGCUGCUAAAAUGCAGCAUAAUACAAACAGGAUUUCUGUUAUCUGAAUAUCCUUUACUUGAUAAUGUCUGAUGAACACAAAAGCAAUGUUGGCUGAGUCUAAUGUCAAAUUUUACAUUGUUGAUUGCACUGGCACACCGUGUGAUCACAUUAUAAGUUGCUGCAGAAGGUGUCACAUGUUUGGACAGGUGAUCUCAGAUGUAAAACAUUUCUCAGUCUGCUUUUAGCAGCUACGUAUGGCUACAUUGUUGCAUUUGCUCCAUAUGUUGCACAGAGAGCAGUUUUUACAUCCUGUGUCGCUAAUCCUGAAGCUUAAAUGUAAAUCUGCUUAUCUUUUAAAAUGAUACCAGUGCACACUUUGUCAGUCUAGGAAUAAUGAAAGCUCACACUCUGCAGCUCUCAGUGAGCUCAGAUUUUAAUUGCGAUUCAUCAGUAUGACUGAUGAAGUUUUGGACACUUUUUACAAAACAAUUUUCAUUAUUGUCAUUAUUAUUAUUUAUGGUACCAAAAGAUAAAUAAACUUGUUUAAACUGUAUAUUAAUGACUCACGUUUACCAGGUGAACAUGUGCAAUACUUAGAUCAGCGAUCAAAGCGCAUUAUGUUAGUCUAAUAGUCUUUUAAUGAAGUAUGCAUGAUGUGUGUGCCUUUGUUUUAUGCUCUUAUAUUUUUAUGUGGUUCCCUAAUAGCGUGAACACUUGAAGACAGGAAUCAGUGAAUUUGAUGAUGUGUGCCAGUGUCACUGUAUGGUGUCGCUGACAUCAUACACAUUGUGUUAAAAUGUUCUUGAUGUAAAUAGUUAAUUAUACAGAAAAACUGAUUGUUUUAUCCCUGAUUCAUUAUUCCUGAAGCGGCUCUUCAUCUGCAGUAAAAACCACAAUGUGUAUCAUUUGUCACUUAAACCCUUGUGAACAGAACAAUUAGGCAUUAAAACAUAGCAAUGCAA